UGUGCAUUGUUGUUGUUGUCAUGGCGACGCUUCCGUCGAACAAACGCUGUUGCUAAGCGAUGCUCGUAAACUUUAACUUAGAAAGACGAUCCCGAAGCUACCCGCAGCUCCAUUCACUUGCGUUCAGUCCAGUUCCAUAGUUUUGUUCCCGUUAUGACCGAGCAGACAGCCGCUGUGGGACAUAAAGUUGGAAAACCGAUGUUGCAUAACUGGGUCGAAGAGAGAGCCAUUGCAGAUCUCCAUACAGAGGACCCAAAGACACACAAGCACAUACAUGGCCACAAGGGGAUUCUCACAAUAGACCUGGAGUCCAAGAUGGAGUCUGUGACUACGCUGAAAGCAGCUUAUGUUGCUCCAAAGACUCCAGUGGGGAGGUUACAGGGCAUCAGAGGCGAGCUGCUUAAAAAACACACUGCCCAGAUGAUAAGUGAGAAGAUUCAUGCUGAUCUGAACCCACUGACUCCCAAAACGGAGUACUGCUCCACAACCCAGAAGGAUUUCUGUGUGGAGGGAUUUGUGCCUCAUAAACCUGAAACAACACGUGUUCAUGACUACAAAACUGACCAGGCCAUCACAUUCUGGAGUGAAAACUGCCAGCGGAUACAGGGUGUGACUGCCGCCCGGAGCUCGAAGGGACCCUUCAGGAAGUCAGCUCUGUUCAGCACGCCCAUCACCGAGCGGCUGGAUGAAAUUGAUCUCCCACCUGACAAUUGAGGCACUACACCAGCGUGCUGUUCUGCCACUUUUUUUAAUGAUUUUUUAUUAAAAUGGUAAUCCAUUUUAAAGGUUAAGUUUAGUUCUUAGCGAUAGUGGCACCACAAAAGGAUUUAUCUAUUCUUUAAGGCUAUUCUUUUUUUUGUUAUUAUUGGCACUCAUGUUGGUUAAGUGAACUGCCAUCGCCAAAACAGCAGUUAGAGCUGCACAAGACUCACUGUGUGUACUGGACAUCAUAAAUCCUAUGCAACAGCUGGGAGACCAGCUUAUA